AGAUCUGACAGCCUGCGCGCGCAGGUCAGGCCGCCCGGACAGCGGCAGCAGCAGCGGGCUACAUCCACCCAUGUCGGAGCUUUCCGCCCGGAGACUCUCACUGCGGAUCCGGGAAGCCAGACACCAGCGACGGCUUACCAUGAGCAGCCCGCGCGGUCUGCGCUGAGCCUUCCCCCGCUCUCCUCCACUGAGACCCGGGAGCAUGGAGGCGGAGAGCUGGGCCGAGUGUCUGGAGCUGGCCGUGCGGAUCGCUCGCUCUGCGGGGCAGAUGGUUCAGGAAGCUGUGAAACAGGAGAAGAGAGUGAGCAGUAAGAGCACACCCACAGACCUGGUGACGGAGGCUGACCAGCAGGUGGAGGACCUCAUCAUCUCCACCCUCAGGGAGAGGUUCCCCUCACACAGGUUUAUUGGAGAGGAAUCUUCUGCUACUGGAGAGAAGUGUGUUCUGACUGAUAGUCCUACCUGGAUAAUAGAUCCUAUUGAUGGCACUUGUAACUUCGUUCACAGUUUUCCCAUGGUUGCAGUCAGCAUUGGCUUUGCAGUAAAGAAAGAGCUGGAGUUUGGAGUCAUAUAUCACUGUUUUGAUGGAACUCUGUACACGGCCAGGAGAGGCCACGGGGCGUUUUGCAAUGGAGUACGGCUGCGAGUUUCGCAGGAGAAGGAUGUGUCCAAAUCUCUCAUUCUGACGGAGAUCGGAGCAAAGAGGGAUCCCAACACUUUAGAGAUCUUUCUGGGCAACAUGAAGAAACUGCUGAGUGCCCCUGUCCAUGGGGUGAGAAUCAUAGGCAGCUCUACUUUAGCACUGUGUCACAUAGCCAGCGGAGCGGCCGAGGCCUACUACCAGUACGGCCUUCACUGCUGGGACAUCGCCGCAGCCGCAGUCAUCAUCAGGGAGGCGGGCGGCUGUGUGAUCGACACCACAGGUGGUCCUCUAGAUCUCAUGUCCCGCCGGGUGGUGGCUGCCGGGUCCCGAGAGAUAGCGGAUUACAUCGUCCAGCAACUCCAACCAAUCAACUACGGGCGUGACGAUCAAGACCCCUGACCCAGUGGCCUGUCCUGAGCCCUCUAACAGCAAACGCCAGCCUUUUACCUCAGCACCCUACAAUCCUGCCAUUUCAUACGCAGUGUCCUUUAUGCAAUGCUCUUUAUAUAGGCUUUUUAUUAGUUGGUCACACUACAGAUGUAUUGCCUUAAAUUACAGUGAUUUUAAUUCCUGAAUAAAUAUGAGUGAAGCGAGCACAGUACAGUAAUUAAUUACUGUAACAUGAAUUAAUUAAAUUUAAUAUAAAUAUAAUCUGUUAUGUGUUAUAUGGCCAUAAAUGAUUACAACAGCCAGCUAGAUAAGUACAUUUCUAAUAAAUUAAUUUAUUUUUUCAAUAAAUGCUUUAAAUUGAACUUAUUGCUGGCACAGAUGUGAAAAUGCUCACACACAGCUUUCUAGUCUUUUGUAGAGAAGUUUUGCCAAUAGAAUAGGACUCUCUCUAGCAUGAGCAGCUAAACAUGAACCUAUUGGCACCAUGCUUAAUACCAGAUGUUGUCUAAUGGGAUAUUAAAGCUGUGGAGCAGUUUAACUGUGUUAACUGGAUUGAUUUUGCUCCAACCAAUACUUUUGGGAUGAGUUGUGGAUGAGGUUGGUGAGGUGCACCAAAAUCCACUAGAAAGCCUUCCCUAAAAAGUGCUCCAACAAAAACAGGAGCACUCCUUUUAACGAUAUUAAUUGCAAAAGAAACUAGCACUUUUGUUCAUAUAGCAUAUAAGACAGAACUGCUACAAAUCAUAUAUUUAUUCAGGAAUUAAACAACAUGCACGUAAUUUAAGGCUUCACCUUAUUCAACCCAGUGGAAAAGACUGAAGAGUAUGAUUAUGGAAGCACAUACUAAUCUAAUGACACUAGAUCGAGCAUUAUUGUAAGCUGCUAAAGUUAUUAAUUGAGAUUUAUAUCUAUUUCUGCAGUGUUAGUUUUUCUCUAGUCUUUCAGUAUCUUUUGAACAAAUCACAGCACCAAUCUGGAAUCAUUCUGGGGAAGCGAGGUAAACAAAUUGUAUCAAUGUAUGUAAAGUAAGUAUGUAAAAGAUAAUUUUCCCAAAAUGGGCAGGGUCUUUUUGUCAUCUCUGUGUUGGAAAGUAAAUAUCAGAAAAAGGGCUCUCCACAUAAUUGGCAUGGUCAUGGUUUUUGGCAUUACAUAGUUUUUUCACUCCUAAAUCUUAUUCUUUAAAGGGAUCAUAUAUAUUUUUUAUUUUUUAUUUAUUUCUAUAUUUCUUUUCCAUUUUUUCCCUCAAUUUACAUGGGCAAUUACCCAACCCACUCAUUAGGACUUCACCUAUCACUACUCCGAUACAUGUGAAGUCAGCCACCACCUCUUUUUGAACUGCUUCUGAUGCAGCAUUGUCGAGUAGCAUCAAAGCGCACUCGGAGGAAAGCACAGUGACUUGGUUCUGAUACAUCAGCUCACAGACGCCUCGUGCUGAUCGACAUCACCCUUUGGAGUGAUGUGGGGAGAGAGUGCCAUCGACCCAUCCAGAGAGAACAAGGCCAAUUGUCCUCUCUAUGGGCUCUGUCAGCUAAUGGCAAGCUACAUGAACAGGAUUCGAACCGGCGAUCUCCUGAUCAUAGUGGCAGCGCUUAGCUUGCUGGACCACUCUGAGCCCCUAAAAGGGACGUAACUCACUUUUUUGGGUCUCGGCUGCCACUGUAAACACUCUAAACAUGGGGGAAAAAGCAUCCAUGCGUUUUCUGAGUUGAAACAAAUAAGGGUUUGGGUCAGAAAUCAUAUACACCUAGAUCAAAGGAAACAUUAAAACUAGUUUUAUCUUCAGUAAACCUAGUUCUGGACCUGUUUUUUAAAACUUUAUAUUAAAAAGAAGAGUUCAACCCCAUUUUACAUUGGUGCCCAAUUGUGUGAUGAGUGCAAUCAUAAAAUGAUUCAUUUCUUGCGAUGUUUGACUGUCAUGUUAUAGCUCAGUUUGGGGGAAAAGGCUCUAGAUAUAGUUUGUAGUAAAGUCCUAAUCUAUACCUAAGGAUCAGUCAGCUCUGCUUUAAUCUAUCCAGUACUUGAGUCAUAUUUAGCGAUGCACACCUUGUAGCUUUUCUUUUAAGGGAAUUCCUAAAAACACACAACAGGUACACACUGCAAUUUUAAUAUUCACAUUUUAUCUUUUAAUGUUAUUUUUUAUGAUUGACUACUAUGAGUGAAUACAACGGUAAUUGUGAUAAAAAAAAAAAAACAUUUUUUUUUUUCACUGAUGAUUUUUGUAGUGUUUUUGUUUUAUUCCUUUUCCUUUGCUGUGCUGGUUUUCAGUGUGCAUCUAGUCAACAUUCCUCACUGAUCCCUCACACUGUGAGUUCUAAUAAAAACAACAGACAUAUUAGAAUACAUGUAAUACUGUCCUCCUUUCUGAUUGUUUUGUAGUUAGCAACUAAAGGGAUCUCGUUGUCAUCUAAUCUCAAUAAAUGUAAAGCCAGUUUGAAAAAAAA